GUUGUUGAUCGGGGCGCCCAAGUUCGACACGGAGCAGAGCCAGCGGGACGUCAUCGAGGCCGGGGCGGUGCUGCAGUGUUCCUCGGAGAUCGCCAGCUACUGCGAGUACAUCCCCUUCGACAGGAACGGCAACAACGUCCACCCGCUGGGCCAGCAGCUGGACAACAAGAGCCACCAGUGGUUCGGGGCCACCGUCAGGAGCUCUGGGGAGGACGGCGUCGUGGUGGUGAGUACUCUUCUCCAAGUACAUUCCUCAUAG